CGCCAUCACCAUCAUCAUCAUAUUCUCAGCAUUCAAAUCAGAUUUACAUUCAAUCGUCAAUCUCAGGCCAAAGCUCUGUAAACAAAUUCGAGGGUUCCAUUUUGCCCAUCCGGAACUAGAACUCUUUCAAGUGUGACUGGUUGCUUCCACGGAUACUGUGACAGGUUUUGAGCAACAAGCUUUCUGUUGAUACAUUUUACAAUCAGGAUUCCUCUGCUCUUCAUUUUACAAAAUUCAAUUUGGAGAAGUUCACCCGAUCGCCAAUUCUACUGUCCAUCAAACUUUCAAUCUCUUACCAACAACGCUCCUAUUCCUCCGCAAGCAGCUGAUUUAUCAGGUCUUUUACAUCAUUUACGCUAGUGUUUAUUGACGAUUUGAAAGACUUCCAAGUCUACAACAUCAAAGGGAGACAAUGUCCCAGCAUCGGCAUCUGACUGAUCCCAGUUUACCAUCCACCACCCUUCAACCGGACUACAGCAAUAAUGCAAUCGCGAUGUUAUAUCGAUAUGGUCCGAAGCGAACGACUGAUCAUUCCGAAUUGAGGCGCUUAGUUUUAGAUUACUUGUGUCACCAGUGCUUUGUUGAUACAGCAGCUGCAUUUGCUCGAGAAGCACCGGUCAAUGGAACUGUUGAGGAUAAAGACUGCAAGAACACGAACGAGUCUUCACUCAAUGGCGCAUCAGCUCAAACUUCGAAAGUCGGAAACAGUAAUGGUGUAGCUCCGAUCCAUUUACCGGUACCUUUGAAAGAUAAUGUUGUUGAACGCACGGUCCGAUUUGAUACGGACGAUGACGGCGACACAGAGAUGGGUGAUCUAACCGCAACCAGUCUGAAUCCCACGGAUGAACCACCAAGUGAUAUAGGCCAACCUUCUGGUCUUGAUCACCCUGCCAACGCUCAUGAUAAUUCCACUAGGAAUGGGGUCAAAGACUCGAGUGACCAAUUCAUGCUUGAUGGUCCUGCUGUGGCUCCUGUUACGUCCAUAUCUGAGACUUAUCCUGAUUGGACAGCUAGUGAUAUUCAUAACACACAACUCCGGCUACUCAUCAAAGAUAACAUUAUCUCUGGUCGAUUGAAGGAAGCGAUCGGACUCAUCGAUCUCUACUUCCCCGCUGUACUCGGCCCUUCUGCCUUAUCAAAGCUACAUACGACCUCACUAUCUGCUUCUACAACUGCUUCAGCCACCUCAGCCAUCAAAUCUUCUAAGGCGCCGCGUCAAAAGCCCGCCCGUGUGAUGUUCAACGUCAGUCGACCACUCGGUGGGCCUACACCUAAACCACCGCCGAUCGGCUCAAGGCAACCAAGUUACAGCUCUGCGCAAUCUCAUGCGACUCAGCCGCGUCAAACAACAUCAUGGUCAUCAAGUUUCAAGGAGCCUGAAGCAGGCUUACUCGCCGGUCGCAACAACACAUCUUCAAAUGCCGAAGAAUUUCCUCACGCAAUGUUCUCAUCUUUACAGCCUGCCCAUAUUGCACUCAAUCUACAGAUUCAAUACUUUGUUGAAUUGGUUCGAAAUUCAUCACACGCCCCAAGUCAAACAACUACACUAGAAAAUGAUCACGUUGGAAGUUCUUCAACUACAAACGGUGCCGCUACAACCAAUCUCAUGUCAUCAGACAUCUACGCUAGUCUGAGUGAGGGUAAUUCAGGAGGAUCAAUGAAUCGACCAGUUUCAGCAAAUAACAAUCAUCAUUUGAACAAAACCAAUGAUCUAGCCACUUCAAUUGGAGCCUUAAGUGAUGAUACAUCUACAAGUUCAUCAUCUACCAUGUCAUCUCGUACACAUUCUAUUGCACUCUCACUUCCACAUGCAAGAUCACUGUUUUGUUAUGUUCAAACAUUACCUAAACCGAAUGAAAGAGCGAUCUUUGUGAAAGAAUUAGAAAGUGUUUCAGGUCUAUUGGCUUAUGUAGAUCCUUGGAAUUCACCUAUCAAAAGAUAUCUUGAUCAAUCUCGUCGAGAUAUGUUGGCGGAGAUUGUGAAUGCAGCAAUCUUAGUUCAUCUUGGUAGAUCACCUACACCUAUUCUUAAAAUGAUUGCUCAACAAGCAUCGUUUACUUGGUCAACAUUGAAUGAAACUGGAGAAAGAAUUCCAUGUCCGAAAGCAGAUGAUAAAAAUCGGACAAGACCUUGUAACUUUUUCAAUUUGAAUGAGUUUGUGAGCUUACAUGACACUGGUGGAGAUUUUUGAAAAUCUCUAAAAAUCUAUCAGUUGAUGUUGUUUCUUUGGAUUUACGAAAAUUGGUGGAAUGAAUCUAGUAGUGUGUGAUUGAAGUGAUGUAAUUGAAACUUACCGUACUUUAUUUUUUUCUUAGUUCAUUUGGUUUGUUUUAUUGAUGUUAUUGUAAAUGAUCAUCACAACAUUUACCAAAAACUGAAUAGAAGUGAUUGAUAAGUUGCAUGAGGUUUAGGAUUUCAGGUAUGGAAAUGAUAGACUAUUUUGUUUGUUUUCUUUUGUUUCUCUUUUUAUUGUUGAUGAAGUUUUCUUUUCGAAAAAAAAUGAGGUGUGUAUGAAAUGUAUACAAGUAAUUUAGUCAUCUAUCUUAUCACUUUGUUGUUUUUAUUUUCUCUCUGUUUUUCUUUCUGAUUUUUUCUUAAAUGGUAAAAACAAUUUUUUAAUCUUUAUGACUACUAUGGUGCAUUAAUUCUGAGUAAUGUAGUGGAAAGAGAAUUUUGAGGAAUUGUAGAUUUGAAGAAUUGGUUGAUAUAGACUGUC